ACAGCUGAUUGUUUGCUUACACGUGUUGACGUUUUAGUUGAGGCAUUUCAUUUGUGCGAAAUUUAUUAAUUUUUAUUUAGUGUCACCUUCCUAAUACGAUUACAAUAAAUAUACGAAAAGUUUAGUUGUGCUUUAGAAAACAAACAAAACAGAAAAAUGCGUGAAAACACACCACCACGAGUUCACGACAUAGAGGAUGAUGACGUCGAGGAAAUACACUUCGAUCAAGACGCCGCGCCAGACGAUGACGAGCUCGAAAUGGAAGAAAUAACCAUGGAGGAGUUGGAAGCGCGCUAUGGCUAUCUCUCCGAAGAGGAUGAAACUGGUGAAGGUGCCUCCUUUCAGCCACCGGAACGUGAUGAUGCCAUAUUGACAUUCAUGAAACACAAAAAGGCCGUUUUCGGUUGUUCAUUGCAUCCAAAUCGUCCGUUGGCCGCUACGGGGGGUGAAGAUGAUCGCGCUUAUGUUUGGGAUAUAAAUACUUGUGAAUUGCUGCAUGAGAUUACCGAACACAAAGAUACGGUGACCGAUGUUUACUUCAGUUAUGAUGGCACAUAUCUGGCGACGGGUGAUAUGGCUGGUGAAUUGUUCGUGCACAAAUUGCAAGAAAAUGAGACUGGUGCGCCGGUGACAUUCCGCAAAGUGUGGGAUUUUUCUAUGGGCGACAUGACAUGGAUGUGUUGGCAUCGCGGUGCAAAUGUGCUUUUUGCAGGCAGUGAAAAUGGUGAAGUUUAUGUAUGGCGCAUACCCUCCGGGGAUUGUAAAAUAUUGCCCGGUGACGGUGUGCGUUGUGGUGUUGGUGAAUUAACUGGUGAUGGCAAGAAACUCUUUGUUGGUUACACAAAUGGUGUUGUGAAAUUAUGGGAUCUGAAGAGCUGCGCCGUCGUCAUGGAAGUGGAUGCACAAAAUCCAAUGGCCCAACAGUCGGUUGUUUUGUCUGUGGCGUGCGAUAAGGAGUCGCCAUUAUAUGCGUCGGGCGCGCUGGACGGUAAAAUCGUAUUCUGCACCAAUAACGGUCCAGUUGGCGCGGUGGAAGCUGAUGGUUCAGUGGAAUGUAUCGCCUUCCCGCCUAAUAAUGAUCUUAAAAUUGUAGCUAGUGGCACAUUACAGGGUCAAAUAGCCAUUUGGGACUAUACCAAAUACGGUCUGCGCACAUUAUGCGAUCAUAAAUUUAUGGAAGGUGAUGAAACCGACACAUUUCAAGGUGGCAUAACAAGACUCAAGUGGCUGAGUGACCAUACGCUUAUUGCCGCCACGAUGCACGGUAAUGUUAUCGGUUUUGAUGCGCGUUCGGGCGCACGUAAGUUUACACUCGAGGGUCAUAUGGCAGAAAUCUACGAAAUGUCUUACAAUCCACAUGAAAAGAUAUUGUUGACAGUAUCUGAAGAUCGCCGUGCGAAAAUCUUCAAUAUACCACAGUUGGGCGAUUAGUUGCGUUUGCUAACUGUUAACAGUAAUAUGUAGCAUGUGUGUCUAUGCAUUGAUUGUUAUGGACAUACAUACACACAUAUAUAGACAUAUAAAUAUAGAGUAUAUUUGUAAAAUGUUUCAAAUUUUUAGUUGAAUAUAUAAGCUUUUUUUUAUGAGACUAUAAUAUAUACAAGUAUAUUAGCAAUGUUUGUUUAAAAAUGAUAGCACGUAACAUUGUAUUUUUUAAUGAAGCAUUGUUCAAAAAAUGUUUACAUUCUUAAUCGAUGAAAUUGUAUGCCGCUAGCGUGUUAAAAUGUAACAGAAUUUAUAUUAAAAAAUGGCAUCGCAUGCUACAUAUACAUUUUAUCAGCGUAUGUAUGUAUACAGAGCUAAGUGUCUGUACAUACAUAUGUAUAUGCAUAUUUACGCACUAGUUGGUAGUUAUUGCAAUUUGAUGUAAAUGUUUGCACUGAAUUUAAGUCAAUCAGAUAUUUAAUUCAAAAUAUUAACGAAAAUUAAAUUAUCAAACAUAAAA